ACUACACUCGCUUGAACGGAUCGGUAAAUACCAACCCAAAAUGGUAAAUACCAUUUCCAUUUGGUUAUCCGCUUGAAUUUGAUUUAUGAUGCAUAUUUUCGUGUACUAGUGUUGUUCAACAUAAGAAAAACAUAACACUGAUAUGAAUCGCAAUAAGGAUUUUAAUCGGGGAUUAGUAAUUUGCUUAUUCCAAUAGAUAUGUCGCAGAUAGAAUCUGCAACAAUAAAACAAUUGAUUUUGAACUCUGCCAAACCAUUGCUGUUCAAAAACAUGUUAAACUGGCCAAUUAUGCAGUGGUCUCUUCAGGACUGGACAGAUGCAUUGAAAGAGGAGAAAAUGACCUUUAGACGCGGCGACUUAAAAAGAGCUCAAGAUCCACAUACUACAGAAUUAAUUCAAGGAGACAUUAUAUAUUUCAUGAAGCAUUUAAAUGAUGAAGACAAAUGGUUGUAUUUUGACUAUAAACAUCUCCAGGAAUAUUUAAUAAAUGUCAAAGAAAUAAGAGAUGUAAGUCUAAACUGUAUAUCCAUUAUUUUAAUGAAUCUUGUUGGUUCUGAACUUUCCCUAAGAAAAUACAGGCAUAAGGGAUCCAAUACUUGCAGGCCUUUCACAAGAUUAUGAAAUGUAAAAAAGAGAUACAACUGGAAGAUUCCACCAUUUGGAUAGGAUCUAAAGGUGCCCACACCCCUUGUCAUCAAGACACGUAUGGCUUCAAUUUAGUACAUCAAAUAUAUGGAAGGAAGCUCUGGUUACUGUUUCCUCCAGAUGUAAACCUGUACCCUACCAGAAUACCUUAUGAGGAAUCUAGUAUAUUUUCAAAACUGAAUUUUUUCAGCCCAACAGUUGAAAAAUUCAAGAAUGUGGGCAAUUGCCAUAAGGUUAUUUUAGGUCCUGGAGAUGUACUAUUUGUUCCACACAAGUGGUGGCACUAUGUAGAGAACCUUGAGACUGCUAUCAGCAUUAACACUUGGAUUCCAAUGGAAGAAGACAACAGUGAAAGAUUGGAAGAAUCUAUAGUUCAGUUUUUGGUGAAGUUAUUGAUUGAUAGUGAUAUUUUUGAUGAAACAACAAGAAAAGUUGUGAUGAAUCCAAAUAUGGAAGAUGAAUUAUCAUAUAGUACAGCAAGUAAAUCUUUAAAUAUACUAGAUGAAACCAGGAAGAUAUGUUUGGGGAUAAGUAAAAAAACAUGGAAAACUGAUAGUACUACAAGUGAAACUAAAAUAUUCUACAGAAAUGAUGAUGAAUUAUCACAAAUAUUUGAUAAUGUAACAAAUAUUCCUAGAAUAUCUAAUGAAGAAUUCUAUAUGUUUUUACUUAAUCAAAAUAGUAGAUUUUCUGGGAGUGAAAUUAUAGAGCUGCCUCAUGUAUGCAAUGGAACACUAACUGAUACAAUGGAUGCUAUAUUAGACCCUGAGGUCAUCACAUUGAUCAAGGAAAAAGUUUUGGCAAAACAAGAAGGUAUCUGAGACGAAAAGAUCAUCUAGGCUUGUCAUUUCAAUCACUGAACCAUAAGGAUUAAAUUCUAGGAAAUGUGUCGAUACUGUUAUGAUUUGAUAGCAUCAUUAAAUUAGAAAGAAUCAAAAAUUUUUUAUGGAUAGUCAGUUCUGCAAAUCAGUUUAGUAAUGUAUACUCGGAAAAAUGGUAUAUUUUUGGAUUGAAAAAUAAAAAAAUCACAAAUAAAAACAAUAAAAUGAUGUUACA